CUCCAUUUCUUUUUCUCUUUGAAAAUAUUCAUGGAGAGCUCAACGAACAAUGCUUUCAUUAUGAGCAAAUGCGAAACGUCGACGUUUUCAAGCGACCAAAGCCCGGAGGAAAGUAGCUGGUCAAUGUACUUCGAAGAUGUCCACUUCUUCGAGGCUUCUCCAAGUGCUGUCCAUAUCGUAGAUUUCAGUUCUUCCUCCGUCCCCGAUGCAAUGUCUUUCGUCGCGACUAAGAAGACCCUCGACAUGUCUAAACAAGGAGGACCUAACUAUUACAACAAUUUGAACAUCAAGAGGGCAAGAAAUAGGGAGAUUCCUUUUGGUCGUCAUUGUGAUCUUGAAGACACUGCAUCUUCUCCUUCUCGUAGUCUUAAUGUCAAUAGCAUAAUGAACCUAUUGGACAACAACACGAGACACGGGGGUGGCGUUGGUAAAGACACAAAUAAUGUAAGAAUUUAA